AUGGCCCAACAGACGCAGACGCCGGGUGUAGCAUGGACGCUGCUUCGCAACUCUGAGAACGAGAGACCCGCGUGGUCCUAUGAGGGUCGUGCGACGGAUGGCCUCUUUCGCCUGAUCUCAGUUUCAUCGCUGCUGCGUAAAGACAAUCCAGAGCUCGUUCUGUCAGAAUGGACUGGUCUUGAUUUCCCGCAUGACGGCCUCGAUGACUUUCAUCCUACAAACCCUCCCCCAAACAUGCCGCGCUAUUGCGCGAUCUCCCACGUCUGGCAACCGAGUGAGGACGCCGCUAGGAGGAGCAACCAGGCGAAUCGGCCUCUCAGAGUGAAGCUUCGAAAUGGUACCUUCCAUACAAUCAGCUGGCUGGGCCUGGUGCAAGCCGCCACCGCGGCUCAAUACUCUCGUUGCGAGUACAUCUGGCUGGAUCUGCUCUGUAUCGACCAGACAAGCCCAAAGGACAAAGUACUUCAGAUCCCGAAUAUGGCCAGGAUCUUCAGUAACGCGUCGACGACCCUGAUCAUGAUUGGGGGUGUCCACGCUGCGCAGAGUCUAGAUCGUCCCUCAGCAUACAUGCAGAGAUCAUGGACUUUCCAAGAAGCUAUUCUCGGCCCCGAUGCCCAUGUCUUGGUCCACUGGAACCACCCGGACUCGUGGACUGCAGAUGAAGUCAAUCUCUCGUUCGACAUUCUCGGCGGCAGCAUCGCGCUUGUUCGCUUGGACGAUCUGAUAGGGUCCGGCCCGUUGGUCGGUCGGAAGUUUGGAGCCGGCAUGCUGUACGAUCCCAAGACAGGGCUCACGUAUUGUAGAUACAAACUGCGUCAAAAUUUCAACUGCCUAGGGCUUGAUCAAACAGCGUUGACCUCCCUCGCUGUGAGCCUGCGGCAAACACUACCCGAUCUUGGCUUCGGGCCUAGGACGGGAGAUGAGUCUAUCGCCGACGGUGACAGCGACAGCGACACCCGUUCAGACUCUGACCUUGGUUUAGAUACCCGAUUCCGGGCACUCAACACUGACAAUCGUCCCUCCAGUCCAGAGUCUGCCUCUGAUUCAGAUUCUCGACUGCCGGCACACGACACGGUGAAACGUCAGUCCGGUUCACAGUCAGACUUCGAUCUAGACGCACAACUUGAGGAAUUCAAUUCUAUUCAGCGGCCGUCCGAGGACACGGACAGUGGCAACGCAUUCGAUGACGAAACAAUCUCGCACGAAGGAAGCUACCUUCCAGCCGGCCACAAUGUGGUAGAAUAUUAUCUUCAGCACUGGGAUACUCCGCUCUCCCCUUCUCAAGGCUUCGACAGCGGAUUGGGCUUUAAUCGUAUGCCUGGGACUCUGUCGACCACUGCGACGGACAUAGACUCAGAUGACGAAAAGGAAAUGAAGGGUUAUACUGGGAAGAGCAUUCUACCCUUUAAGGAGUUGCCCAUGUCUGAGCAGACCCGUGCAUACUUUGACAUCCACUAUGACUAUCCCAGUAGCGCGGUAGGUGUCGCGCAAGCUGCGUGGCGGAACAUAUGGCUUCGCACGUCGACGGAGCCACAAGACUUGAUAUUCAGCAUGAUGCAUGUCUUGGGGGUCGUUGUUGACGUCGAUUAUAAACGAACCACCAAAGAUCUGCUUUUCGAGCUUGUCGACAAAAGUCCAAUACCUGGAUGGCUGACGGUUUCGUAUGACAUGCCCGUUUAUCCCGAAUCUGGACUGAUCCCAAGCUUGCCGACGUUCACAUCGCACUUCAUGCCUACAUAUGCGAUCGACGGGAAGUUCAGGCGAGCCUCCGAGCUGAUAUGUUCAGAAUUCUGCUGCGAACAGUUCGACGUGGUUAUCAAAUCCACCGGCAAGGCUACCGAUGGCCAUCUCGUCUGUGCCAGACUCUUUGAAGUCGAAGCUUCAAGACCUCGCGUGGACAAGAAAGAUCGAUUGUUCUCCAAUGUCCAGCUGCGACUCUCGUCUCCAUUCCACCAAUUUGUCGCCACCUGCAAAUACAGAGGCAAUUUAGGUUCCGUUGUCAUGAUGGUAGGCCCAGCACAAGAUCUCCAGCGUGAUCCCCAACACGGCGACGGCACCUGGGUCGGCACUCCGGUGAUCCAUUUCCUCGACAAGACCGAGCAAGGCGUGUGGAGGAAGACCGGGACAGGGUUCCUUGACGAACCGGUCUUUAGAAGCAAGUACUUCUUGAUGGACGCUGUCAGAAGACACUUGCGCCUCGGAGGUGCAUCCAAAGCCGCGGUUACUGAGUGUGAUUGUCCAUUGACUUGCCGGGAGAAGUAUAUGCUGCAUCAGGUGAAAGGUGAACAGGUGGGUUCUGCGUUAGAGAAGGACUGUGCUAGAAGCCACACAUCGAUCUUUGCAGCCGCGGCGCGCGGUCACAUGCCAGUCAUCCGUCGCCUUUUGGACCAAGGAGCAGACAUCAAUGCCAUCGACGAUAACGUCAAAGGAGUAUGUCGCGGCACAGCAAUGCAAGGGGCAGCUUCGUCCCCGAAGCCGCAGAAGGCAGUACUGCAAUUUCUGAUCGAAGCAGGGUCGAACUUGAACGCCAGGGGAGGAUACUACGGCACGGCUCUCCAAGCAGCAGCUACGGCUCCCGUUGACACCAAGGAAGUUGUCGAGUAUUUCGUGCAGAUGGGAGCUGACGUCAAUGUCCCCGGUGGGCGGUAUGGUUCGGCGUUACAGGCGGCUUUGUUCUUUGGCAACACCGAGAUUGCGAAGUAUCUGAUCCUCGCGGGUGCUGAUCUGGCUGUGGAGGAGAAAUACCAGCAACGACUGGACGAUGUGUUGAUUGGGAUGGUGGCAGAUGAGGAAAGUCGAGUACAAGACUGA